UAUUGACCGUCUUGUUCGAUUGUUUUGGACUUACAGUAUUUGAUUGUUUAAUUCUUUGCUUGGGGUCUUCUUUUUCUUCUUCUUCUCUCCAUCAUAAAGAUUAAGUAUGGCAACUUUGACUUUCGGUCCAACUCUCCCUACAUGGCCAAGGCCUUCCGUGUUUGAACAAAACAAAUCUCUUUUCAUUUCCAGAAGAAGAUCUAAGCAGAAGAACCUUUCUGUUUUUCCAGUAGCAAGGUUGUUUGGACCAGCUAUAUUCGAGGCAUCAAAGCUCAAGGUUUUGUUUUUAGGAGUUGAUGAGAAGAAGCACCCAGGGAAGCUUCCCAGAACUUACACACUUACUCAUAGUGAUAUAACAUCAAAACUUACCUUAGCAAUCUCGCAGACCAUUAACAACUCUCAGUUGCAGGGAUGGGCGAACAAAUUGUACAGAGAUGAAGUGGUGGCGGAAUGGAAGAAAGUGAAAGGAAAGAUGUCAUUGCAUGUCCAUUGUCACAUAAGCGAAGGCCAUUUCCUCUUAGACUGGUGUGCUAGACUUAGAUACUUCAUCUUCUGCAAAGAACUACCAGUGGUACUGAAGGCGUUCGUCCAUGGAGAUGGGAAUUUGCUGAAAAAGUACCACGAACUACAGGAGGCAUUGGUGUGGGUUUAUUUUCACUCGAACAUUCCACAAUUCAACAAAAUAGAGUGCUGGGGUCCGCUGGUGGAAGCUGCAGCACCUUCUGGUCCUGAGAAAAGGCAAGAUAUAUUGGCAAGUAACUGGGAAUUGCCUCAGCCAUGUCAACACAAUUGUGACUGUUGUUUUCCACCUAUGAGUUCCAUCCCAUGGCCACAAGAACUUCCCCCUCACAAUGAAAAACAUGGGUCCCAACACCACCCAAUGACUCUACCAAAUCCGGAAGAAAUUAUAGGAUAAACUACUUAUGUAGUCAUCUAACUAUUUGUGCAGUUU